AUGGCCAUAGCCACGGCAAGGCUCAAGUACAUUGCAUUUCUCAACCCCCAAAAUCAGCCGCUCUAUUCCUGCCACAUCCACAACGGUCAACUACAACGUGCCGACGAAGUGGACACGCUCGAGUGCGACCUGGCUGCGUAUGAAACGCUCGACUUGAUUGAACUCACAUUGGCAAAGCAAGCGCAAAAGGACGCAGCCAACGAAUGUUUUCUCGGCUCAUUUUCUUGUUGUACUCCGGCCUUCUUAAUGACGUUCGCUUAUGUGUCUUCUACCAAGCUGAGGAUUGUGGGUGUAUUUGAACAGCAAGAAUUCAACAUGACCGAAGUCAGAAAAUUCUUCAAGUGCUUGGCGGCAUUGUAUGCUCACACGGUGGCGAAUCCGUUCUACAAAGGCACAACUCUGGAUACGCCAAAAUUCAAUAAAACCAUGGGUAAGAAUGUCCCGUUGAAAAAAGUCACCACGCCAUUUUGCAGCUGA